CAUCUGCAUGUGCGGAGUGUGAAAUUUUCCUUUUAUUUUCUUUUUUUUUUUUUUUUGAAAAACCAAUAGUAUACUUCAAUCUUUCUGCAACAUAAAGCUCUUCUUCAAUGGAACCUAUUGAAAACAUCGGUGAUGAGUACCAAAACUAUUGGGAAACUAAAAUGUUUCUCCAGAAUGAAGAGCUUGAUAGGGGUGAAUUUACAACUUACAAAUUAAGCUCCUUGAUUUUAAGCAGCUGGGCUAUGGAUGAGGCGUUUUCCGGCUAUUAUGACUCCAGUUCGCCGGACGGUGCUGCUUCGUCGGCGGCUUCUAAGAAUAUUGUUUCAGAGAGGAACAGAAGAAAGAAGCUUAAUGAAAGGUUAUUUGCUCUUAGAGCUGUGGUCCCCAACAUUAGCAAGAUGGACAAGGCUUCCAUCAUCAAAGACGCAAUUGAUUAUAUUCAAGAACUUCAUGAUCAAGAGAAAAGAAUCCAAGCAGAGAUAAUGGAACUGGAAUCUGGAAAAUUGAAGAAGAAUCCUGGUUAUGACUUUGAGCAAGAGCUGCCUGUUCUGUUGAGGUCCAAGAAGAAGAAAAUUGAUCAAUUCUAUGACUCUAAUGGCUCUAGAUGCUGCCCAAUUGAAGUCCUUGAGCUGAGUGUUGCACACAUGGGAGAGAAGACACUGCUAGUGAGCUUGACAUGCAGUAAAAGAACAGAUACAAUGGUGAAGCUUUGUGAGGUAUUUGAAUCUUUGAAGCUCAAGAUUAUUACGGCCAAUAUUACAACUGUUUCUGGGAGGCUUCUCAAGACAGUCUUCAUUGAGGCAGAUGAAGAAGAGAAAGAUCAUUUGAAGAUAAAAAUAGAAACAGCAAUUGCAGCACUUAAUGAUCCACAAAGUCCUAUGAGCAUGUAACUAAUUUAAUCUCUUUGUUAUGAAUUUGGGGACUUUUUGCCAUUUGCUUGCUUUUUCUACUUUCCUCUUUUUUGGGUCUUCCACUUUUCUUUUUCCCCUUUACUUUCCUUUUCUGGGUCAUUGUUUAGUUGAUGAACACUUUGUAGUUGUGUCUCUCUCAUUUUCCAAAGAAAAUUUCACAGUCAUCAUGUAUUUCAAGCUAGAAAUAAUUGUCUUGAUGUUUCAAGGUAGAA